AUGGCCUCCAUGCAGGACGGGCUGAACUUCACGACUCCUCCUUACGGCAAGGUCCUGCUGCUGGGCGCUAUCGCCGCUGCCUCAGCCUUCGUUGUCACAAUCCUCAUCGUGGUCCUGUGCGUGGGCUGCCAGAGGAAGGGGAAGACACACAAUGUCCCCAGCGAGGGUGGAAAACACCGUCUUAUGGACAUGGGUAUUCUCAGGCAGUCCAAGCUGCGCUCCAUCAGUAAAUCAGACACUGAGAUGAAUAAGAUGAACUGCAAUGGAAAAAGCAGGCAGCUUCCCCAGAUCCCCUCUGGGACUGGAGAGGAAGGCGAGCACACUUACUCGGAAGUGGGCCAACGCUCCUCUGCUGCGCGUACUGACGAUGCCCUCUACGCCAUGGUAGGCAGGGCCGGGCAGACGGACACUCCGGCCCCCCCGGCCGUCCCCGCAAACACGCCGGCGCCGCCCGACCCGGACGGGGACGUGGAGGGAGGGCUGCCCGAGGCCGAGGCCCAGGUCAUGUCGGCCCCCCAUCCUCCGGAGACGGCGGAGUACGCCUGCGUCAGGAAGCUGAGGAAGGCCGACAAGGCGCCUCAGAAGAGGGACAGCGGGACGGACAUGGUGGAGCCGCCGGCGCCGCCCCCCCGCCACGCCCCGCCCUCACACCCCGCGCCUCCCCCGCCUCACCCCCACAGCACAAAGUUGCCCCGCAGAAACGUCGAGGCCUUCAACGUCCCAUCAUUCCCAAAGGUUGAGGUUCUGAGCGGAGUGUCGAGUGAACUCACACAAAGCAGGGCGAGACUGAGUGGGCCUGCAGAUGCACAGCGAGUGGACGGCAGCGAUAACUAUUUAAUUGCAUUGUUCCUGGUCGGCUACCCGUAUGACCCAUUCAGUUUUAACAGUGGAGCGGUGGGCAGUGUCUCUGUGAGGUUUCCCGUUGGUGCUGCAGAGCUUCUGACCGGCUGUAAUCCAGCCGGCGUUGCAGUUUCUUCCUCACUUGACCGGCUCGUGCACGGCGGCGAGCCCGUUGGUGUGGGGGACCGCCUGUCUCUGCCGUCCGGCCCUCCAGCCGGAGGCCAUUUGCUCCCCCUGCGUGAGGUCAGCGGGGUCAGGGUGUCCGCCGUGACCCCGCCAACGGUUCGCAGUCUUACACGUGAAGUGAUGUUCAUGGGCAACGGGGAGCAGUACAUCUGGAAGCCUCCAGAGGACGAGGACGUGCUCAUGCUCCAAAACAAAGCCCUGGGGGCGCUAGGUGCUCACACCAUGGAGAACAUCCAGCCGUCUGCAGCUGCGGUGGCUGAAAUGUACUCUAAAGUGUGCAAGCCUGGAAAAAAGAAGAGAGCCGUGCCGGGGUCUCCCCCAGCCAACCUUGGCUUCCGGACCUUGGGUCGAGGUGACCGAGACCGGGACGGGGGGUUCAGUGUGGUGGUCAAACCCCAGACGUGGGCCCCGCAGGAGGGCAAGGCGAUGGGCGGGCCCCUGCUGGAUGACCACUGCUACGAGUCCAUCGGGACGGAGGAGUGCGACCCGGCCUACGAGAACGUGGAGAGCGGCGGCGCCUGGAAGCGGGAGAGGCCCCCCAACACCUGCGCCACCCUGCGGCCCCGCAGGAAGAAAGCCCAGCAGCCCCUGCAGCAGCAGCACCCCCCGCCGCCGCCGCCCACGCAGCAGACCCCCAAGCUGCAGCACCUGCCCACCAAAGCCCUGCUGCUGCCCGGGGAGAACCUGUACGAGAGCAUCGGGGACCUGAAGCAGGGCUCCGCCACCUCCAGCACCACCACCAUCUUCACCUUCAACGACGGCAUGGAGAUGUACGUAACGGGGCUCUGAGGUGGCGGCUGCACUGUGACCCCCCCCCUCCCAACCCCCCCAACCCCCCC